AACAAAACGCAAACAUCCUGUAUACUUCACUCUCAAUCUCAGAGCACUCGUAAACGCAACAAUGGCGGCCACAAGAGCAAUUGCGGCAGUUGCAGGUCAAACAGCCUCAUGCUUGCUCUCCAAACGGCCGUUCGCCUUGAAGCAAAAACCUAAUUCCAUCUGCUUCAACAGGAAGACCUUUGUCGUAUCGAAGAGAUUGUUCUCUUGCAAUGCUAUAUACAACCCUGAGGUCCAGAUCAAAGAGGAAGGUCAGCCCGAAACUUUGGAUUACAGAGUCUUCUUCGUCACCAACUCCGGGAAAAAGAUUUCUCCUUGGCAUGAUGUACCAUUGCAUUUGGGUGAUGGUUCUUUCAACUUUAUCGUGGAAAUUCCCAAAGAAUCAAGUGCAAAGAUGGAGGUUGCUACUGAUGAGCUGUAUACUCCAAUUAAGCAGGACACAAAAAAGGGAAAGCUUAGAUAUUACCCGUACAAUAUAAAUUGGAAUUACGGACUACUUCCACAGACAUGGGAAGAUCCAUGUUUUGCGAACUCAGAAGUCGAAGGAGCGUUUGGAGAUAACGACCCAGUUGAUGUCGUUGAGAUUGGCGGAGCUCGUAGAAAGAUUGGUGAAAUUUUAAAAGUCAAGCCAUUGGCAGCUUUGGCCAUGAUUGAUGAAGGGGAGCUUGACUGGAAAAUAGUUGCAAUUUCAUUGGAUGAUCCAAAAGCUUCUCUUGUGAAUGAUGUGGACGAUGUCGAGAAGCAUUUUCCAGAUACUCUAACUGCCAUCAGGGACUGGUUUAGAGACUACAAGAUCCCCGAUGGAAAACCAGCAAACAAGUUUGGUCUUGGCAACAAAGCAGCAAGCAAGGAUUAUGCUCUUAAGGUCAUUACUGAGGCGAAUGAGUCAUGGGCUAAACUUGUGAAGAGAUCAAUCCCUUCUGGAGAGCUUUCCCUUGUGUAAAUGAAGGUGAAAUCAUCAGACUUGGAGAUGCAGCUGUUACCUGCUCAUAUUCUUAGCCUAGCUAGAGUUGUCUGAGAUUGAGUCUUCCCUUCUGGUAGGUGAGUACUGUUAAUCUCAUUUGUUAAACAUCAAAGUCAUUUCUUCCCAUUGAUGGACUUGAAUAAUCAACUGACUCUUUUUGUAAUCUGCCAAUAAAUAUAGUUUAUUUGAUUAAAUUGAA